GGCGCAUGUGCAACAUCAACAUUGACGAGUGUUCCAGCAACCCCUGCCACAAUGGGGGCACGUGCAAGGACGGCAUCAAUGGCUUCACCUGCCUCUGCCCCGAGGGCUUCCACGACCCCAAGUGCCUGUCCGAAGUGAACGAGUGCAACAGCAACCCCUGCAUCCACGGGAAAUGCCACGACGGGCUGAACGGCUACAGGUGUGACUGCGACCCAGGCUGGAGUGGGACAAACUGCGACAUUAACAAUAAUGAGUGUGAAUCCAAUCCCUGCAUGAACGGUGGCACCUGCAAGGACAUGACCAGUGGCUACAUCUGCACCUGCAGGGAGGGCUUCAGCG